AUGUCGGCCAAGAUUCCCAAUGAAAUCAAGCUUCUUUCUGGAAGCUCGCAUCCAGACCUCAGCGCGAAGAUCGCAGCCCGACUCGGUAUCGAUGUCGCAAGGACAAUCAGUUUGAACUAUUCCAAUCAGGAGACGAGCGUCACUAUUGGAGAGUCUGUUCGAGACGAAGAUGUCUAUGUCGUCCAGUCUACUGCACCAGGCGAGGUCAAUGACGGCCUGAUGGAACUGUUGAUCAUGAUUCACGCUUGCCGCACCGCCUCCGCGCGCUCUAUCACUGCGGUUAUUCCCAGCUUCCCUUACGCCCGUCAAGAUAAGAAGGACAAGUCUCGCGCUCCCAUCAGCGCAAGGCUGGUAGCCAACAUGCUGCAGGUGUCCGGUUGCAAUCACGUCAUUACCAUGGACCUGCACGCUUCUCAGAUCCAGGGAUUCUUCAACGUCCCUGUGGAUAACCUCUACGCUGAGCCGUCGGUGUUGAACUGGGUCAGAGAGAACCUGGAUGUCGAAAACUGCGUCAUUGUUUCUCCGGACGCUGGUGGUGCGAAGCGCGCAACCUCUAUUGCCGAUCGACUGAACACGGCAUUUGCGCUUAUCCACAAGGAGCGCCCUCGACCCAACGUUGUUGGACGCAUGGUCCUUGUCGGUGACGUCCAGGACAAGAUUGCUAUCCUCGUCGAUGAUAUGGCGGACACUUGCGGAACCCUCGCGAAGGCAGCAGCGACAGUGAAGGCACACGGUGCCAAGGAAGUUUUUGCCAUUGCUACUCAUGGUAUCUUGAGCGGUAAUGCCGUUGAGAACGUCAACCAGUCAUGUCUCACUGGUCUGGUCGUCACAAACACUAUUCCACUUGGUGACAAGAUUGAACGCUGCCCUAAACUGAAGGUCAUCGAUGUGUCGGGAACUUUGGCCGAGGCUAUCCGGAGAACCCACAACGGAGAAUCAGUGUCGUACCUUUUCAGCCACGCGGUAUAG